AUGGAAGAGCUGGUAGGGCUGCGUGAGGGCUCCUCGGGGAGCCCUGUGACUCUUCAGGAGCUAUGGGGCCCGUGUCCCCGCAUCCGCAGAGGCAUUCGAGGGGGCCUGGAGUGGCUGAAGCAGAAGCUGUUCCGCGUCGGGGAGGACUGGUACUUCCUGAUGACCCUUGGGGUGCUCAUGGCCCUGAUCAGCUACGCCAUGAACUUCGCUAUCGGGCGCGUGGUCAGAGCACACAAGUGGCUCUACCGGGAGAUUGGGGACAGCCACCUGCUCCGGUAUCUCUCCUGGACUGUGUACCCUGUGGCCCUGGUCUCCUUCUCCUCUGGCUUCAGCCAGAGCAUCACACCCUUCUCUGGAGGUUCUGGAAUCCCAGAGCUGAAGACUAUUCUGUCAGGCGUGGUGUUGGAGGACUACCUGGAUAUUAAGAACUUCGGGGCCAAGGUCGUGGGCCUUACCUGCACCCUGGCCACUGGCAGCACCCUUUUCCUGGGCAAAGUGCUGUCCAUGAAGCAGCAUCUGGAGUCACUGUUCGACAACAACUCGUGGGCGCUGAUGACCCGGAACUCAUCCCCGCCCUGGCCUGAGGAGCUCGACCCCCAGAACCUGUGGUUCGAGUGGUACCACCCACGGUUCACCAUCUUUGGGACCCUUGCCUUCUUCCUGGUUAUGAAGUUCUGGAUGCUGAUUCUGGCCACCACAAUCCCCAUGCCUGCCGGCUACUUCAUGCCCAUAUUCAUCCUCGGAGCUGCCAUCGGGCGCCUCAUCGGGGAGGCCCUGGCUGUUGCCUUCCCUGAGGGCAUCGUGGCCGGAGGGGUCACCAACCCCAUUAUGCCUGGAGGGUACGCCCUGGCAGGGGCUGCGGCCUUCUCAGGGGCUGUGACCCACACCAUCUCCACGGCGCUGCUGGCCUUCGAGCUGACCGGCCAGAUAGUGCAUGCGUUGCCGGUGUUGAUGGCCGUGCUGGCAGCGAACGCCAUCGCCCAGAGCUUCCAGCCUUCCUUCUAUGACGGCACCAUCAUUGUCAAGAAGCUGCCAUACCUCCCGUGGAUCCGAGGUCGGAAAAUCAGCUCUCACCGUGUGACUGUGGAGCACUUCAUGAACGCUACCAUCACCACGGUGGCCAAGGACACACCGCUGGAGGAAGUGGUCAAGGUCGUGACCUCCACGGACAUGGCCAAGUACCUCCUGGUGGAAAGCACAGAGUCCCAGAUCCUGGUGGGCACCAUGGAAAGGGCCCACCUGGUGCAGGCACUCCAGGCUGAGCCACCUUCCUGGGCUCCAGGACACCAGCAGUGUCUCCAGGACAUCUUGGCUGGGGGCUGUCCCGUGGAGCCAGUGACCCUGCAGCUGUCUCCGGAGACCUCCCUGCACCAGGCACACAACCUCUUCGAGCUGCUGAACCUUCAGUCCCUCCCUGUGACGUCCCGGGGCAGAGCUGUAGGCUCCGUGUCUUGGGUGGAGUUGAAGAAAGCAAUUUCCAGCCUGACAAACCCACCAGCCCCAAAGUGA